CGUUCAUUAUUGUGAUACUAAAAUCUAAUUAAUGAAUUGAAAGUGAUUGAUCAGUUAUAUUUAAUUGAAUAAUCAACACUUAAAUAUAUUAAUGGAUAUUUUGAAAUACCAUCGCGUAUUUUUGUAAAUACUCGCUCGAAGUUACCUUCUAACAUGUGUUGGUAACAGUGUUUUGUUUUUCGUCGAUCAGUUAUUAAUGUUCGACAUUUUUUUAAUUUUUUGGUGAAUUGUUGAAAAUUGGAACAGCCAUUAAUUCAUGUUAUCCUUGAAGUGAAAUUAUCGAAACGGUUAGAUGCUAAAUCAUUUUUGGAUAUGCGAAAUUUUUUAUUCAGCGUAACUAUGCGCUGAACAUUUAUAAUCUCGCACUCGAAGCGGCAAAUGGAACGAACCUCAAUUAUAAGGAAAUAUUUUAUCAUCGUGCAUUGUGGAUAUUAAUUCAGAUUAAAAUCUCUGUAGUAUGCAUUGUUCAGUACCCUAAGAAGGAACUUUUUCGAGUGAUAAAUGCCUGGAGUUUGUCCGCGCUGUAAUCGCGAGGUUUACUUCGCAGAAGAAAAAUUAGCUCUUGGCAAAGUUUGGCACACGUUCUGCUUUUCUUGUCGUAACUGUCGAAAACUACUCAAUAGCUGUAACGUGGUGACGCAUCUUGAUGAAUUAUUCUGCAAGAGUUGUUACGUUCGUCAAUCCCAUUCAGCAAAUGAUUAUAAAACUAUAUCGAAAAUUCGUUCACCUACAAACUCAAUUAAAAAUUCAUUGAAUCGUUCUUGCGGAAUUGAAAGUUCGAUCGGUAAUACCACAUUCGGCAGAAAACGACAUUACCAAUCCGACGCGCUCAGACUUCGCGGUGGAGGCAGUGAAGGUGGAGAGGCAUACGUGUGUUUUGAUGAAGAGAAAAAGCAUUUCUUAGAAAACGAAUGUGCUAAUUUGAGUAUUACCAACUCGAUGUCAACGCUCUGUGAUCCUCCACCUAGUCCUACUGCUAUAACUACAUGGUACAAUCGGCAGCAUUCGAAAUUUCGCAGUACGUCUUUGGAGUCGCAGAAGAAUAAUAUCACGAAAGAUUGUCGAUUCGAUGCUCACCAAGACAUCGAUCUAUCUGAGUUAAAUCCGCUACUUUGUAAUAAUGAAAUCGACAUUGCAGAGACUCAGCUAAGCACAGACAAAACUCGAAUGCCAUCAACCAACUGGAAUAAUAAAAUUAACAAAUCCGCUCCUGCUUGCGAAUUUAGCGCCAAUAACGUCAUUAUUCCGUCAAGACGAAAAUUUACGUAUCCGCCGGUACCGCCGCCUCGCAAUCCGCUGCCUUCCCGACGACGAGUCUCGUUCUGCGACGUCGUCUUCGGGGAUACACGCGGAAACAGCCAGAAUUCUAUGACGAAUAUGCAGGAUGUUCGCCGUAGGUUUUGUAGCAAUAAUGACAGUAACGAGGAAUAUCGUAGUUCAUACGACAUUUGGCAAGCGGACGAUCCGGUCGGUAAAAAUGACGGCGGGUACGAAAAUGUUAAUGUAAGUCGAACGGAGGAGACUGGCAGAAUGCAUUUUGAAAAAAGCGCCGCGGAGUGUUGCGACGACGACGACGACGACGAGGCGUUAAACAAAUGCAAUGACACCGAGAAGAAUCCCGGACAGAGUCGAACAAUGAAUGAAAAAGACGACGAGUCCUCGAGAGAAGAAUCGAUGACCUACCAAAAUUGUCUCACUUCAACGAAUGGACAGGAUGAUAAUGAACGUCUGCGAGGAGGUUGCGGGGGAUCAUGCACGCCAUGUGGACCUCGACCUAAAGUCUCCUGCGGCGUGGUGAAGGUGGUAGAAGCUACCUGCCUUUGCGGAAGAAGAGAACCGGAAUCAUGUCGCACCGUCACUUCCUGUUCAAGCUGUUCAUCGCCGUGUAACGAACGACGGAGCUGCUGUCCACCACCAAUCUGCAAGAAAACGAUUGUUAGAUGUCGUCCAUCGUGUACCGAGUCUCAGGGUUGCGGCAACGGUGGAUGUUGCGGAGGUGGAUGUCGCGGUGGUUGUGGAAAACCCGGGCAGACCUGUCUACCGGCGAGAUCUUGCACGACUCCAUGCCAACCGUGUUCACCUUGUUCCCCAUCACGCUCUUGUCCCCCGCAAUCAUCUUGUUCUUGUAGAAAAUGCUCACCUUGUUGCCCCAGCACUGGGGGCAGUACGAAUUGUUGCAGCCGCCCAUGUAGAUCCAAAAGUCCCGUAUGUCGAUCGAGUCGUAGAAGAUGCAGUACCGACAGAGCAGAUUGUAAUGAGGGUGGUUGCUGCCGACCGAAAGUUAUUUGCGAGUGUUUGGGAGGCGGUCUUGAUUGCCAGCGCUGUGGGCGAAAGGUGUACCAGGCUGAAAUGCAGAUGGUGUCUGGUAUACCCUAUCACAAUAUAUGCUUCAGUUGCAAUUGCUGUAGGAAGCCGUUGGAGCCGUUAACGUAUCAGGAAAAUUGCGGAGAAAUUUACUGUAAACAAUGUUAUGUCCGAAAUUUUGGACCACAGGGAUACGGGUAUGGAGUGGGACCAGGAACGUUGCAAACUCCGAUGUGAAUCCAUAAAGUGAACGUUAAACAGUGAGCAAGCUAAACUCAUUCAAAUCUCUUGCAAUUACUUAUGAUCUUGUUUUCUUUACUUUUUUUCUUCAUUUUUCUAAGACGUAUUCUAAACUAUAAACAACAUUUGUAACAACUUUUCUAAGACGUAUUCUAAAAUAUAAUUUAUUAAUACAAUAGCGGA